CUCAUCAGAACACGGGAUUUUGGAAACGGGCUGUGAAGGGUAAAUAGGAGUUUGCCAGAGAAGAUGGGGAAAAGCAGGCACGCUGUGCAGAAAUAACUGCACAGAUGAGAGCUCAGAGACCAGAGAAAGCUUUAUCUGCUUUGGCAGGUGCACUUAUCGAGCACCUACUGUAUGCUAAGGACUUCACUGAAAACUGACCACAAGGUGGUCAAGAGGGGAUCAUCCCCUGUCUUUUUAAGGAUGAGGAAAGCGGAACUCAGAGAAGGCAAGAGGCCUGCCAAGGACACACAGCAGUUAGGCGCCGGGGCCUCCUGUGUCUGUGUCCUGCUGUAGGGUCGAGAUGGCCCAGGGAAGAGGAAGCUGUCCUUCUGAGGAGGGGGAGGCAGGACCUCCUGCUCACCAGGUCCCUCAUCCCCACCCACUCUGGUGCUUCCCCAGGUGGCCUGGGUUGCGGAGAAACGCCAGACGCCGGCCAUGAAGACCCUGCGGGCACGAUUUAAAAAGACAGAGCUGUGGCUCAGCCCCACUGACCUCGGCUCCUGCCCGCCUCGCGGCCCCUGCCCCAUCCCGAAGCCGGCAGCCAGAGGCAGGCGCCAGAGCCAGGAGUGGGGCAAAAGUGACGAGCGACUGCUCCAGGCCGUGGAGAACAACGACGCAGCACGCGUGGCCACUCUCAUCACCCGCAAGGGGCUGGUGCCCACCAAGCUGGACCCCGAGGGCAAGUCCGCAUUCCACCUGGCUGCCAUGAGGGGUGCAGCCAGCUGCCUGGAGGUGAUGCUGGCACAGGGCGCCAAUGUCAUGAGCACCGAUGGGGCAGGUUACAAUGCCCUCCACCUGGCGGCCAAGUAUGGGCACCCACAGUGCUUGACGCAGCUGCUGCAGGCGUCCUGCGUGGUGGAUAUCGUGGACAGCAGUGGGUGGACAGCCUUGCAUCAUGCAGCGGCCGGUGGGUGCCUUUCCUGCUCAGAAGUGCUUUGCUCCUUCAAGGCACAUCUGAAUCCCCGAGAUCGGUCAGGUACGACGCCCCUUAUCAUAGCCGCUCAGAUGUGUCACACAGAUCUGUGCCGCCUCCUUCUGCAGCAGGGGGCUGCCGCAAAUGACCAGGACCUGCAGGGCAGGACAGCCCUGAUGCUGGCCUGCGAGGGCGCCAGCCCCGAAACGGUGGAGGUGCUUCUGCAGGGAGGGGCCCAGCCGGGCAUCACCGACGCCCUGGGCCAGGAUGCUGCUCACUACGGCGCCCUGGCCGGAGACAAACUCAUCUUGCACCUUCUGCAGGAGGCAGCUCAGCGCCCCUCGCCAGCCACUGCCCUCCUAGAGGAUGACUCAGGCGAGGCAUCAUCUCAGAACUCUGUGUCCAGCCAUGAAAAGCGAGGGGCUCCCAAGAAGCGGAAGGCGCCUCAGCCCCCCGCCAGCAUCCCCGUGCCGGAUGACCGCGAAGCCUAUGAGGAGAUCGUGCGGCUGCGACAGGAGAGGGGGCGGCUGCUGCAGAAGAUCCGGGGCCUGGAGCAGCACCAGGAACGGAGGAAACAGGAGCUGCCAGAGGCAGAGGCCAGCUCCCUGCACAGCCUGGAGAGACAGGUACAAGAGCUGCAGCAGCUGCUGGCGGAGAAGCAGGAAGAGAAGGAGAGCCUGGGACGCGAGGUGGAGAGUUUGCAGAGCCGGUUGUCCCUGCUGGAGAAUGAGCGGGAGAACACGAGCUAUGACGUGUCCACUCUGCAGGAUGAGGAGGGGGAACUGUCUGACUUUCCAGGGGCCGAGGCUCUGCUCUCCACACGGCCACGCUCCUCAGCCCGGGAGCUCCUGGCCUCCCUCCAGGAGCAAGUGGCUGCGCUCACCAGACAGAACCAGGAGCUCAUGGAGAAGGUCCAGAUCCUGGAGAGCUUUGAGAAGGAUGAGAUGGAGGUAAACGGCUCAGCCGAGGUCAUCCCCCUGGCCCUCUAUGACUCUCUCCGGGCUGAGUUUGACAAGCUUCGCAGGCAGCACGCCGAAGCCCUGCGGGCACUGGAGCGACAGGAAGCACGGGGGGCCCCUGGAGAAGAGGAGGUGGCCUCUGGGGAGGGCAAGGGCACGGGAGUCAAGACCACCAGGGAUGGGCCAACAGAAAUGGGGCUUAAUGGCACCACGGCUCCAGGAACCAAAGUUAAUGGAGCUGAGAACACAGACGAGGAGGCUGCUGGAGAUGAAACUGUGGAGGCAGCAUCCACGGGGGCCGAGGCCACAGAAACAAAAUCCACGGGGGCCGAGGCCACAGAAACAACACCCACAGACACUGAGGCCACAGGAACAACACCCACAGACACCGAGGCCACAGAAACAAAAUCCACAGGGGCCGAGGCCACAAGAACAAAAACCACGGGGGGCGAGGCCACAGAAACAGAGGCUCCGGAGGAGGGAGGAAACCCAGAAACAGAGGCCACAAAGCCAAAAGCCGAAGAACCAGAAAGGAAGGCCGACGGAGUGAGUGGUGUGGAGGCUGAGCUUAGGGGCACAGAGACCACGCCCCCGGAGGCCGCAGGAGUGGGGGCCCCAGCCCCGAGGGGGCCCCCGGGCGCAGUCCUGCACCCUGGCGCUGCGGAGGCCUCGGAACAGCUGCAGGCGGAGCUGGAGACCAGGAUCCGUGGCUUGGAGGAGGCCCUGCGGCAAAGGGAGCGAGAGGCGGCCGCCGAGCUGGAGGCGGCCCACGGCAAGCGCCAGGCGGCCGAGGCCGAGGCCGGCCGGCUCCGAGCGCGGGUGCGCGAGGCCGAGGGGUGCGGAGGCUCGGGCGGCGGCGGCGGCGGCGGCGACGCGGGGCAGCUGCGGGCCGCCCUGGAGCAGGCCCGCGAGGACCUCCGAGGCCGGGACUCCCGGCUGCGGGAGCUGGAGGCGGCCUCGGCCUGGCUGGACGAGGCCCGCGCCGGCCGCCUGCUGGCCGAGGAGGAAGCCCGCGGCCUGCGGGCAGAGCUGGCCCGGCGCGAGGAGGUGCGGCUGGAGCAGAGCCGGGAGCUGGAGGCGCUGCGCGGGCAGCUGGCGGCCGCCGCGACCGCCGGGGAGCAGCAGCGGGCGCUGGCGGCCGAGCUGGGCAGCGCGCGGGACGCGGCCGAGGCCCGGGCCGCGGAGCUGGCGGCCGCCUGCGAGGAGGCCCGGCGGGGCCUGGCGGAGCUGCGGGAGGCCUCGGAGGCCCUGCGGCAGGCGGCCGUGCCCGCCUCCGAGCACCACCGGCUGCAGGAGGAGGCCCUGGAGCUGCGGGGCCGGGCGGCCGGCCUGGAGCAGGAGGUGGUGGCCGCGGGCAAGGAGGCCGCCCGGCUGCGGGCCGAGCUGGAGCGGGAGCGCAUGGGGAGCGUGGCCCGCCUGGAGCACGAGCGCGUAGUGGGCGCGUUGCAGGCCGACGUGGCGCGGCUGGAGGGGCAGCUGGAGGAGCUGGGACGUCGGCACGAGAAAACCAGCGCCGAGGUCUUCCAGGUCCAGAGGGAGGCGUUGUUCAUGAAGAGUGAACGGCACGCGGCCGAGGCCCAGCUGGCCACGGCAGAGCAGCAGCUGCGGGGGCUACGCAACGAGGCCGAGCGGGCACGCCAGGCCCAGAGCCGUGCUCAGGAGGCCCUGGAUAUGGCCAAGGAGAAGGACAAGAAGAUUACAGAGCUGUCCAAGGAAGUCUUCAGUCUCAAGGAGGCGCUGAAGGACCAGCCGGCGACCCCCGGCCCCUCCGAGGUGGAGGCCCUCCGUGGCCAGGUUAAGGGUCUGCGGGAGCAGCUGGAGCAGGCCGCCAGGGACCACAGCGCGGUGGUGGCCUCGUACAGGAGCCACCUCCUCUACGCCAUUCAGGGUCAGAUGGACGAAGACGUGCAGCGGAUUCUGAGCCAGAUCCUACAAAUGCAGAGGCUCCAGACUCAGGGCCACUGAGCAGCCGGGCGCCGACCCUCUGCCCGCCUGGCCCCACGGGGCGUCCCGGCUCCCACACCGACCUUCCGAGCUCGCAGACCAGCCUGGGCCUCCCCGACUGUCCCUAGCUGUGUCCACUGCCCCCACUGGCCCCCUGCACACACUGGCCAGCGUGGAGCCCAGCCCUGGCUGAGCCCCGCCCCCACCGGAGAGCCCGGGAGCCCCCUGUCCCGUGUCCCGCCUGUGUCUGCCCCGU